AUGAACUAAUCAAGUUGGUUUUCCCUUGAGGAAGUAGAAUUGCAACACUAAAUUACUGCUGCCAAUCCUCCAGUAAUUAAGGAACGAAAAUUGCCAGAAAAAUUAGACAUGGAUUCACUCCUAUCUUAGUACAAAUCGAUUGAAAUAAAUCCAAAUCUGAUCAAAUAUGUGGUUGUUGAAAGUGAAACAACUGAGAAUUCUAAACAGGUCAACUUUAAAUCUAAAAUUAAACUUAAAUGCGAGGAACGAGACUUGCAUGGAAGUCUAGCCAAUAAGGGUACAAAUAAUAUUCAGGCCACUAAAAUAUCCAUGGCAUCCAGCAUUCCAUAUAUCUAAGGUUUAAGAUCUGCUUUUCUAUCAAUGAAGGAAGGAGAUGUUGCUUGGUUCAAAUUAUCAAAUGAAUAGAUGUACACAGAGUAAGAAAUUGCAAGUGGAAUCCCAGUCCAAUCUUUCCAAAAAUAUUUCAAAAUCGAAAUAUUAGAAGUCACUCAGCCAGAAAUCCCUCUUGACUUAACAAGUCUAGACAAUCGACUCAAGCAGAUGGAAUUGUUUAAAAUUGAAGGAAAUUAAUUCUACGAAAAGCAGUAGUAUCAAAGUGCAUUACUGAGAUACUAAAGAGGACUAAACUUUCUAGAAAAAUGGCCUAAAAAGUUUGAAAGCAAUCCUGUAGCUAUUGAAGCCAAAAGGAAUUCUUUGUUGGUGCUAUCAAGUAAUAAGGCAUAAUGCUUGAUCAAGCUAUAAGACUAUAAAUAAGCAAUCUCAGUACUCGAGCCUUUAAUCGGUUAGAUGAGAAACAAGUAAUAUGAGGUCAAGAAUUACUACAGGUUAAUCAGUUGUUUCUAUGAGACAGAUGAAUAAGUUAAAGCAGAUUUCUAUUACAGACAGGUUAUUCAUAUGUGUUAGCUUUCACAAGAAGAAAAGCAGCUGUUUCAUUCUAUCAAAUUCAAAAAGUGA